GCAGCCACUAUCCGCACCCCUUCUUCGUCUCCUCAUGUUUCAUUGUCUGGGCAGCUGCGCCGACAACCGCGCGACCCGGCCUUGUACCUGAGCGAACGUGUGGUGCUCCAUCUGCUUCUCAAAGCGCCAGCAGCCCCACUUCACCAUGGAGAAGAACAAGGCCUCAGACGAGGCGUCUUCGCGUAACCAGUCCCCCGCAUUGCCAGCAGACGCGUACAACGAAGAGGCAUACCACAUCAAUGGACACAAACGAAUUGUGGUGCUUAUCGCCCUCGGGCUGGUCCUCUUCAUCUCAGCGUUGGACUCGACUAUAGUGUCGGUCGCGUUGUCCGUCAUCGGUUCCGACUUCAACGACUAUUCACGAUCUAGCUGGAUUGUUACCGCGUACCUCAUUACUUACACAGCAUUCCUUCCUAUUGUAUCGAAAUUCACCGACAUUCUGGGACGUAGGCCCGUUCUUGUGUUUUCAACGAUCUUCUUCAUGAUCUGGUCUGGAGCAUGCGGUGGCGCAAAGACCAUGAAUCAGCUCAUUGUCUUCCGCGCAAUGCAAGGCAUCGGAGGUUCCGCUAUCUACUCUGCUGUCAUCGUUACCUUAAGUACCUUUGUCUCCAAGCAAGAGGUAGCCAAGUACACUCCGAUGAUCGGCGUUGUGUACGCUUUGAGUAGCGUAGCUGGCCCUCUGGUAGGAGGAGCUAUUGUGUCGCACACUCACUGGGGCUGGAUCUUCUUCGUGAAUCUACCCAUUGGGUUCGUUGGGACAAUCCUCCUGCUGUAUGGACUGUCGGAUCCCUAUCGCGAUCAGCUAAAUUGGCGUUCGGUCUCUCGACGUGUUGAUUGGAUUGGAAGUUUCUUGCUCCUUGCAAGUAGUGUCCUCCUGUGCUUCGGUCUGCAAGUAGGUGGAACGAAGGGCUAUCCUUGGGUAUCUGCGAAGGUCCUCGCUCCACUCAUCAUCUCGGGCUGUAUAGUCCCCGGGUUUAUCUACUUCGAGACCCGCCAUCCAGAGCCUCUUGUCCCAUUGCGGCUAUUCCGUAUUCGCAACUUUGCAUUCAUCAUUCUCUUCACGCUGUGCCUCGGUGCUGGCUUUUUCACUGUGAUAAUCUACCUCCCGCAACGGAUGGAAAUUGUCAACCUUCUCUCUGCCAUCACUUCUGGCGUACGCAUGCUCCCUCAGCUUAUGCUGGUUGGCGUCGUCUCCUUCAUAUCUGGUGCAAUAGUCAUGAUCACCCGCCGCUACCUUGUCCUGAUGUGGUUCUCAUCCUGCGUCGGUGCCAUCGGGUGUGGUCUCCUUACCACCCUGACCGCGCAGACCCGCUUCUCGCAGCAAUACGGCUUCGAGGCGCUCAUCGGCUUCUCAGUUGGCAUCACUAUCCCCGUAUCCACAAUGAUCGUGCAGUUCUCCACGGACCGUCCGGAUCUGGCCUCCGCGACAGGCUUUCAGUCGUUCGCGCGCCAACUCGGCUCAGUCGUCGCCAUCUCCAUCUCCACCGCGGUUCUCAACAGCCGCGUGGAGGCGAAACUGAACAUGCUCGAGGGUACGGAUAGCCCGUUGGCUAGUGCGGCGCUCCGGGAGGCUAUCCUGGAGGACCCGACGGGUGUGAUGAGCGAGUUGAGCGCGUCGGCACGCGAAUAUGUGCAGGCGGCAUAUAGCGACGGGUUCUCGAAGGUGUUUCUUGCGGGAGCAGUGUGGCUGGCGGUGAGUGCGCUGGCGACGUUUGCGCUGGAGCAUAAGCUUCCUCCGGAGCUUGAACGGAAGAAGCCGGUCGUGGGAGUAGCAGAGAGCAAGGGUCCUGAAGGCGAGACGGUAGUUGAUGUUGACGUGCCAUCUCAAGAGAAGUCUGCAGACGUCAAAGGGCAGCAAGAGGCUACUCAGCCGAUGACGGUCGAGUCUAAGAUAGAUCCCAUGCAAGGCGGAUCGGGCUCCGUCGAUCAAGGAGCUGCAGAUGGUAGAGUCUGAGUCGAUUCAAGUUUGUAUAUCGCACUUAAGGUGACAUCUCUUUUGGGAGGUGACGUCUACUAUGGAUGUAUCUUCUUGCAAUGGUCAACAUCUUUAGGAGCUCGACCUUUUGUGACGAUGAAGUAGAUAUCUAUGCCGCUGUCUUCGUGAGUAGUUUACCCAUUCUGCUUUCGCCGCUGUGAAUCCUGUUUCGCCUCCGAUCUGUUCAACGAUGGACUUCUUGUUAACGUAGCGCUCUUCAACGUAAUGUUGAUACACUCCUUUGUUUACGCGAUUGACGCAUGACUUGACGGACCCCACGGCUCAAUAGAAACUCUGAUACGAUAAUUUCGUGC